GAAACAUGUCUUGUCGUCGACUUGCGUGGCUAUUACUGCUACUGCUCAUUGCGGAGGUGGCGUCCGAUUAUCGCGAUGCUUUCGAGUACCCAUUCGUCAUGCCCCGUCAUCCAGCGCCAGCCGUUCGGACCCCAUCGACAGCUGAACCGUGGCAUCAAUUCUACCCGGAGAGUUACGAUUUUAGCGACUACAGCCGGCACAUCACUCGUACAGACGCGGCGUCUCGCAACAGCGCUGCCGAGCAAGUGCCCAGUGGGCCUUAUUUCGCCCAGGAGCUCAAGAGGUACUACCACAAGCCGGCUGAUGAGCACAAAGUCUACCAGACGUCGUGGAACAUGAUCGAUUCGCAAGGCAACGAAUACGCCACCGUCUACAAUCGGCCAACGUUGACCAACUAUCGGCCUGUUUCGGCACCUCCUGUUCCGCUUUUAUCCGAUCAACACGCUUUCGUUCUGGAUGCGUGGCACAGGCAACAACAAGAGCAACAACAACAACAAGUUUACGUGCAACAGCAGAAGGAGCGGCCGACCCGCAAACCUAUAAGCAAAAAACCAGCUCGCAAGAAGAACAAAGUGCGGCCGAUUCAUCCAGCCGGUUAUCAGCAGCACGUAACGAAGAGACCGGAGAAACAACAUGAAAACGAGAUCGAUAAAAUGGCCGAUGGACUUGCUGGCCAAUCGAUCGCUUCGGCUUACCCGAAUGGCGUUAUGGGCACAUUAUCUUUGAUGGCCGGCCUCGUUUGGUACCUGGUCAACAAGUCGGCCACCCCAGUGAUCAAGAUGAGGCAGCAUUCGGACGGAAUUUUUGGCAACACGGAGGACGACUCGUUCGCGCAGACGGCCAUCAACCAGUUGGCCGACUAUUGGCUCGGUUCGCUCAAGCAAACCGAUUGCCAGCAAAGAGCCAUUUGCGAGCUGGUUUCGCAAUCAUCUUGGCUCUCUUCUGCUACACGAUGGAGUCAAUCCGCUUACCGGUCACCCAUGAUGCAGAAAGCCAUCGAGUCAUUCAAAGAAGACGAUGAAUUGGGUAUCCAGUUAGAAGUUGAUCAAUCCAAAAUGGCCUUGCUCGUCCAGGCGGCCCUGCAAGGCGAACAGGGCGUCGAGUGCGCAGCGAUUUAUCCGCACUGUUCCCUACCGUUCCGUGAAGAAUCACGAGACCGUCGGCGUUAAAUAUCGACGUGAGAAUUUUUUUUAAAUGUAUAGUUAACCGCUUGUAGAUGUCGAAUGUUUCAAAAAAGAAAAGGAUAAGAAAAACACGAGUUCAAAUAGCGUUUUCAGCUUUGAAUCAAUUGCAAAUGUGUUAAUUUGUAUGAAAAUCACGUUCCAAUUACUUGGCUUUUAUUUAUUAUUAUUCAUAAGGCUGUACAGAGUUCUCACAUGUCCCAUGAAUUUUAUGUUCGUCCGUUGUUGUUCAAGCCCGUGAUCUUGUAUUUCUCCCGACAAACGUUCUACUUGCAGACCGACCUUAUGUGUUAGUACUAUACAUU